AUGAAAAAGCAAAGCGCUAUGACUUCGCCCUCCAAAAUACCGCUCUUAGCCAGCUCAGAUAUUUCUGACGAGAGCGAGCCUGACUCUGAACCGGACCCCGACCGAAAAUUCAACGAGAUGUCCAAAUUUUUCAAUGAAGCGAGACAGGCGAAAGGCAAAGGAAAGGCCAGCGCAAAAAAGAAAGCAACUGCAGAGGAAUUGGGUCCGAGUGGCAAACGUUAUACUCCACUUGAGAAACAGGUUCUAGCCUUCAAAAAGAAGUACCCAGGCUCUGUGCUCAUGAUAGAGGUUGGAUACAAGUACAGAUUCUACGGGGACGAUGCCAAGGUGGCAGCAAAGGAGCUGGGAAUGGGAUGCUAUAUGAAGGGCAAUUUUCUCCUGGCCUCAAUACCCAUACACAGAGGUAACAUUCACAUGAAGAACCUCAUUAAUCUGGGCUAUAAAGUUGGCAUCAUCAGUCAAAUCGAGACCGCUGCACUGAAGAAGGCGGGCGACAACCGUAACACAGUGUUUGAACGAGACUUGACGUCGCUCGUCACCGCGACGACUUUCGUGGACGAGUUGGAUACCUCGGACGAGUCUGAUGAAUAUUCCUCACCACGGCUUGUGUGUGUCGUCGAACAAGACGAAUCUCACAUUGCUUUCAUUUGCGUUUCUCCCAGUGAUGGUGAAGUCAUUUGGGACAUGUUUGAUGACACGCACCUGAGGAUUGAACUUGAGACCCGAAUGGCUCAUCUCAAACCACACGAAAUGUUGAUCCCACGCAAAAUCUCCAAUUCUUCAGAGCAAAUGCUUCGCCACUUCAUCGAAGAAACAUCUUCGAUGGUGUCGCGUUCCCGACUGGAGUAUGUUGAAGAUGUGUUCGACUACAGCGAGGCUUUUGACUAUAUCACCCAAACCUCUCGGCAGCGAGCUGACUCAGGUCUUCUGAUAGCAGCCAUUACCGACCUACCCAAGCCCGUCGUUGUCGCCCUCGCAUGCUCGAUUCGACAUUUGACUUCGUUCAACCGGGCUGCUCCCUUGAUGGAAGCCCAAUUCUUCAACAGAUUCACUUCGCAAGCAAAAAUGCAUCUGGCUGCGAACACGCUCUCAAACCUCGAAAUCUUCCAGAAUGAGACAGAUCACACUGUCAGAGGAUCCCUUGUAUCUAUAUUAGAUAAUACUCGAACUCGGUUUGGGAAGAGAAUGCUGAAAAGUUGGAUCGGAGCUCCCUUGGUCGAUAAAACGGCGUUGCAAGAGCGUAUCGAUGCUGUGGAAGAAGUAAAGCUCGGCCCCUCUCAGCUGUUUCAUCUCCGCCAAAUUUUGAAAACACUUCCUGAUUUGGCGAGAGGACUUUGUCGCAUUCAGUACCGCCAGUGUACCCCGUCUGAACUGGUCAGGCUGCUUCAAUCGUUCCACAAAGUUGGGACAGCAUUCCAAUCCGUGCCGUCUGCCUCCCAAGUUGGUUUCAAAUCUAUGCUACUCAAUCGCAUCAUAUUCGCCUUGCCGCCUUUGGAACAACCUACGCGACAACUUUUGAAUGAACUUGAUAUCGCAGAAGCGCGGAUGGACCACAAAGAUCGCAUGUGGGCAGAUGCGAAUAAGUUUCCGCAGCUGGAGGAACAUGCCAUGGCAUUGGGAACUGUUGAAGAAGAGCUCAAAGACGAACUACCUCGAAUCCGCGAACUACUCCGGAUUCCAGGCCUUGAAUUUACUGCCGAUGACCAGUACCUUGUCGAGGUUCCCAAGACGCACAAGAAGCAUGUUCCAGACGACUGGCCAGUCCCGACCUCUGCCACAAAGAAAAUCGAACGUUAUCAUUCGCCUGUUGUUGCAAGAAAGCUGAUCGAGAGAGCGCGGUGGAGAGAGUCUUUGGCCAUUGAAUCCAAACGCGCCUUCCUCGCUUUCUUGGACGAAGUCUCGCAGCACUAUGCGAUCAUGAGACACGCAGUCCAGCAGCUUGCAACCGUAGACUGUCUGUCCAGUCUAGCCCAGGUCGCGCUCGACGGCAACUACGUUAAACCAACGUUCUUGGAUGACGGUGACGGGCUCGAAAUAGUCGAUGGCCGCCAUCCGAUGAUCGAGGUGUUGCGUUCGGACCCAUUUGUUCCCAACUCUAUCUCGUUUUCUUCCAGCUCGUCUAAAAUCAUCACUGGGCCAAACAUGGGCGGCAAGAGCUCGUCUGUGAGAAUGAUUGCCCUCAUUGCGAUCAUGGCACAGAUUGGAAGCUAUUGUCCCGCGUCGUCGGUAAAAUUGUGCAUGUUCGACUCGGUUCUGACGCGGAUGGGUGCCUACGACGAAAUUUCUCGAGGAAGAUCGACGUUUAUGGUCGAGCUUACGGAAACCAGCGAGAUUUUGCGUGCAGCGUCGCCUCGGAGUCUGGUGAUUCUAGACGAGCUAGGCCGAGGCACUAGCACGUUUGACGGUAUGGCCAUCGCAGACGCAGUUUUGGAGCACCUGGUAACUUCGACCCGCUGCAACACUCUCUUUAUCACCCAUUAUCCCCUCGUGGCGAGCAACUUGGAAAAGAAGUUUCCUCAACGAGUCGAAAACCUUCAUGUAGGCUAUUGUUCGGAUUUGCGCUCGAACGGCAAGAGGGAGGUGACCUUUUUGUACCGUUUGGAGGCCGGGAUCGCUCCAGAUUCCUUUGGCGUCGAAUGUGCAAGACUUGCCGGGCUCCCUGAAUCGAUCUUGGAGCGGGCUGCUUCCCAGUCACAAGCAAUGGAAAAACUCGUCGCGAACCGGACUCGUCAGAACUUGGCCCAUAAACGACUGCUGCUCCUCAAGGACCUAUUGGCGGAUGGAAAAACUAGACUGGAACGGACAACGGCACUGGCCACUCUCAAAUCUCUCGCGCUAUAA